UUCGGUCACAGCGUAGACGAAGACCCCUCCCCCUCUCUCUCUCUCUUCUCUUCUCUCUCUUCUUUCUCUCUCAUCCUCCGUCGACUUCGCGCCCUUUCUCUCUCCUCCGAUCGCCGCCGCCGCCGAUCGCAGCCGCAGCCGCCGCCGCCACAGUAGCCGCCGCAGCCGCCGCCGCGGGAGGGGGGCGAUGGAGCUGGCCUCGGCCUCGGAUCCCGCCUCGGCUUCGUAGAUCUGGGCGGUUUGGUGAGGGGUUUCGUGGUGGGAGGGGAUCUCGGGGAAUGGUGAGGGGAGGAAACCCUAAUUCGGGGAUCGGGGAGGGGUCCCCCCCUAUGGGGGAGCAUUUCCCCUUCCUGAUCUGUGAAGGUGAAACUCCAUUUUCUUUUCUGCCGCAUUUUAAUUCUGUGCAAGAGAAGGCAGUAAGCAAGGUCAUGAGUGGAAAUCUACCUUUCCUGCCCACCCCUAUGCCUUUCGAGAGGAAUAUUUCGCUGCAAGAUCGGCUACCUCCUGAAGUGAUCGAUUUAGUCGAUGAUGAAGAAGAUGAAAGAGCUGCUCAAGAGGAUGUGGCGGGAAAGUGGCAACCUCUGAUGCAAAACAAUAUCGAUCUUGGUUUAUUGAACAACGUAGUGCUGUCGCAAAUGCAGUCUUCUCAACAGCCUGUCGAAGACCACAUCGACCUGGAUUUAUUGAAUAAUGCAAUGCUUUCUCAAAUGGGUUCUUUGGAACAAACCGUCCAAAAGGAUAUGGAUACGGGUUUAUUGAAUAAUGUGGUGCUAUCUCAAAUGGGGUUUAAUGAACAACCUCAGAGUAGUAUGAAUAAAAAUAUAUACUCCGAGGAUGUAUCGACUCAGCAAGUGGUCAUUAACGACGCAGGCAAGGGUGAAAACCAAGGUAUAGACUUGAACAAGACACCUCAGCAAGCUCCCCGAAGGAAAAAACACAGGCCGAAGGUCAUAAAAGAGGGCAAGCCGAAGACUCCCAAGACAGUAACCCCUAAGCUGCCCAAGAAUAAGGAAGAGAAUCCUUCUGGUAAGCGGAAGUAUGUGCGGAAGAAGAAAGAGCCCUCAAACCCUUCUGUUGAUCCGCCUGCCUCAGGUGAGUUGCGUGAUCCGCGCGGUGUACCUGGUGAUAAGCCCGUUAGACGGCGUCUAAACUUUGAUAACGAAGUUACUCCGGCGAGCAAUGAAAAGAUUACUAGCAGUGAGAAAGUUGGCCAAGACCGAGAAGUAUUCUGUGUGGCCGCUAGCACUGGUUCGAAUGGGGUGGUGGCGGACAAUUUGCCAAAUGGAAGGGAAUUUGAUCUCAACAACUCAAUCAAUCAGAUGCCGAAUGAGUCUGUAACUUCUCAUGGAAGCUAUCAUCCAACUUGCAGCAUGGAAGCGACAAGAAUUAAUCAUAUGCUAAAUGAGUAUAGAUGGGUGCAUAUGGGGAAUCCUGUAACGCCACCUCAAUAUCCUAGAAGAGAAGUACCAAAGGAAAAUUUGAACGAACUGCUGAGGAUACCCCGUGAAACUGGCUUAAACCACCUCGACUCAUACGGCAUGUUGAAUUUGCAAAUGAAAGGAACAAAGCGAGAGCAUAAUCUUGUUGGUGGUACUCAAGUUUCCUCAUCGAGUGUAAAUAUUGGCCAAGCCUACUCCGAUAGAGGCGUGGUAAAUAGCCAUCCCGAUACUAGCGGACAAGAUCCUUAUCUGCCUGAUAGCCACAAGAAGAAGAGAAUGGAGAAUGACCAUAACAGUCAAAAUGGGUUCCUGCCAAAUGCUUAUUCUCCUCCUCCUCCGGUUGCAGGUUCACCUUUUUCUAAUUGGAAAGCAAAUCAGGUAUUGUUGUGUAAUUCUGAUGGGAUUAAUUGUGAUUCUGCACAUCGGUUGAUGACUCUUCAAAUAAAGAGAGGAUUAGACCAUACAGGAAGUGGCAUGCAUAAUAGAUCGAACAUGCCGCCAACUCCUGGCCAUAAUCAUACCCAUACAAGUGUUGCCAGAGAGUAUACUCAUAUCGUUAGAGCUCAAUACGCCACAAACAUACCAAAUUAUGGGCAUAAGCAAACCCCUGCAAAUGUCACCAGAGACUAUAACCAUAUCAGUACACCUGAACACGCCAUGGAGAUGCCACAUCCUGGGCACAAUCAAACCCCAACAAGUGCUGCCAGAGUUUACAGCCAUAUUGCUACUCCUGAAUAUGCUGUGAAUACGCCAAUUUGUGGUCAUAAUCAAACCCCUGUAAGUGCCAACAAAGGCUCUGAUCAUCUUGCUACACCCCAGAAGCGGUUUGACUAUAUUAAUAACAGAUUGCAUAGUCCUAUAACACCAUUCAGAAGGAACAAUGAUUCGCAAAGCGAGGUUUAUCAACAACCUCAGGCAACCCCUGAAACCAUUUCUGGAAAAGCUAGUGAAAGUUCGAAAAGAAAAGGGCGUCCGAAGAGAGGAAAAGUUUCUCCUACCAAUCCCUCAUCAUCAAAAACUGGUCAUGAAGGCUCAGGGAAAUAUGAGAAUAUUAUCUCAAGUAGCUAUGAUCCAAAGGAUCCUUUAGAUGUUAUAAUCCAUAGGUUGCGAUGCCUAGACAUCAACCGGGUCACUGAAAAUGAUUGUGUUGCAGCUCAAGAACAGAUGGCCCUUGUUCCAUACGAAGGAGGACAAGGGACGAUUGUCCCAUACAAUUUUGAAUUGGUGAAGAAAAGGCGAUCUAGAGCAAAGGUUGAUUUGGAUGCGGAGACGAAUCGGGUGUGGAGGCUAUUGAUGUUGAAAGAAGGAAGUGAAGCCGAAGGAGUGGAUAAAGAGAAGUGGUGGGAAGAAGAAAGGCGUAUUUUCCGCGGACGAGUCGAUUCAUUCAUUGCUCGGAUGCAUCUCGUUCAAGGGGAUAGACGUUUUUCUCAGUGGAAAGGAUCAGUUGUGGAUUCCGUUGUUGGUGUCUUUCUUACUCAGAAUGUUUCUGACCAUCUAUCAAGCUCCGCCUUUAUGGCCCUUGCUGCAAAAUACCCAGUAAAAUCACAAAAUGACAUUGAGAAACCCAGAACUGAAAUGACAACAACUACUCAUUUAGAACAGCCAGGUAGUAGGUGCAUAGUAUCCUUCGAUGAUGAUCCACCUAAAUGGCAAGAAAGUAUUGUAAUCAAAGAGGUGGAGGAAAAGAAUUCUCUAGUUAUCAUAGAAGAAAAAGAAGGUGGCAAUUGUAACGAAUCACUAGGGAGCAAUACUGGAGAUAGCACAGUGGAAUAUUCGAAAGGAAAAGGUUGUGCUAAUAUAGGUCAUGAAUCACCUGAUAGUAGCACAAGCGAUAAGUCGGCGGAGGAUGUGGUUUCAUCCCAAAACUCUGUUGUUUCAUCGCAAAACUCAGUUAAUUCGAAUGAGUUGAAUAACUUUGGAGUACAGGAGUUGAUGUUCAGGAGAGUAAGUAACGGCACAGACAGCUCAACUCCGUUCAUGGAUCUUUUGCGGGUGGCAGAAAUGAGAAACCAGAAUGGUGAAAGGAUACCAACAUCGGAAUCUCAUGGUGGAGUUGAUCUUUCCCCUCAAAAUGGAAUUGAGAAUAAUUCAUUAAUUCUGGAUCAAUUGAAUAAUGAUAAUCUCAGCAUUGUGAGCCCAUCUGUAAAUACUUAUUCUUAUUCCUAUCUCCAGAAUAAGCAGCAGCAUGAUUCGAUAAAUGCUUCAUAUUUUCCUCACCUGCAAACAAUAUUUAAUUCGAAAUUAGCUGGAACGAAUGGUGCCGAUGCCAGCACGUUGUUGUUACAAGCUAAGAAUAGAUGUGGAAUAAAUGGUGUCAAUGCCAAGAGUGUACUGUUACCAGGUGAGAAUAGAUUUUAUCCUCCCUCGCCUGCUCCUGGCAUACCCGUCAAGAAUAAAACCCAAAUGCUGGAAACAUUGGGCAAUCAUUCUGUAUACAAGCAAGAUAAUUUUGAUUAUCAGACAAGAGUGUCUUCGGAUUCGCAAGCUGUUCCCAAAUCUGAUUUGGAUUUGCCAAUAAGAAGCAAGCAGCAUAUGCAACCUUUGAAUAGCUCAGAGGCAGAGACUUGCACCGCGAAUCAUUUAUGUUGUAACAAUAGUAAUAAUGAUAAUAACCUGUCGAAGGAUAAAUUUGAUGCUCAAUUAGGUGAGCACAUGGUACAAAAGUUCCAGCGGAGCGAGAACAAAGAACAAUCACAAAUUGGUUACACUCAAAAUGCAGGUAAGUUUCAAGUUCCAAUGAAGAAUUAUGGCAAUCAGCUGAGCUCUUCAAACAUAGAUAAUACGAGUACGCCACAUGGCCUGGAGGGGCUCGAGUCGAAAUCAAAAGAUAAGACUAAUAGUGCUCAGAAGUUUGCACCUGAAAAGGACAAUGAUGGAUUAAAGCCAAAGAAGGCGACAAAAUCAGAAAAAAAGAAGAGCUAUGACUGGGAUAAUUUGCGAAAGGAAACACUUAAAAAUGCUGCCAAAAGGGAGAGGACUCAGAAUACAAUGGACUCGCUUGAUUGGGAAGCAGUGAGGUCUGCAAAUGUCAAAGAGAUUUCUGACGUCAUCAGAGAGCGAGGCAUGAAUAAUCUGCUGGCGGAGAGGAUUAAGGAUUUUCUGGACAGACUAGUCAGAGACCAUGGAAGCGUUGACCUCGAGUGGUUACGAGAUGUUGAUCCAGACAAAGCAAAGGAUUAUCUGCUAAGCGUACGAGGACUGGGACUAAAAAGUGUCGAGUGUGUUCGUCUUUUGACUCUUCACCAUCUAGCUUUUCCAGUCGACACAAAUGUUGGCCGCAUAUGUGUAAGACUUGGAUGGGUCCCGCUUCAACCCCUUCCCGAGUCCCUUCAAUUACAUCUAUUAGAGCUGUAUCCUAUAUUGGAGACAAUUCAGAAGUACCUUUGGCCUCGACUGUGUAAGCUCGAUCAGCGGACAUUGUAUGAACUGCAUUACCAAAUGAUAACAUUUGGAAAGGUUUUCUGUACAAAGAGUAAGCCUAAUUGCAAUGCGUGCCCAAUGAGAGCAGAGUGCAAGCACUUUGCUAGUGCAUUCGCGAGUGCAAGGCUCGCUCUUCCUGGACCCGAAGAAAAAAGUAUUAUAAGCUCAACAGUCCCCAUAACUUCCGAAAAUUUCACUCCCAAUAUUCUCAACUUGACACCCCCCUUUCCUCAACUUGAGGGGAGCACGUUGUCACAAGAACCAACUACAAUUACUGCUGUUAAAAAUAAUGAGCCAAUCAUUGAAGAGCCAGCAACACCAGAAAACAUAUGCCCAGAAAUCGAGGAAAGCGCAAUUGAAGAAGCUUUUCUUGAAGACCCUGAUGAGAUUCCUACCAUCAAGUUGAAUUUUGAGGAGUUCACACAGAAUUUGCAAAAUUACAUGCAAGCAAACAACAUGGAGCUUCAAGAAGCAGAUAUGUCUAAGGCUUUGGUUGCAUUAACUCCAGAGGCGGCUUCCAUACCAAUGCCCAAGCUCAAGAACAUCAGCCGCCUAAGGACUGAGCAUCAAGUCUAUGAACUUCCGGAUUCUCAUCCUCUGCUACAAGGAUUGGAGCAACGAGAGCCUGAUGAUCCUUGCCCAUAUCUACUAGCCAUAUGGACUCCAGGUGAAACCGCACAAUCAAUAGAAGCACCAAUGGCAUUCUGCAGCUCCCAAGAAACUGGUCAGCUAUGUAACAAUGUGACGUGCUUUAAUUGCAAUAGUAUACGAGAAGCGCAGGCUCAAACAGUCAGAGGCACACUUCUGAUACCAUGUCGAACGGCGAUGAGAGGAAGCUUUCCACUCAAUGGGACUUAUUUUCAAGUCAACGAGGUAUUUGCAGAUCAUGAUACUAGCCGAACCCCAGUCGACGUCCCCAGAAAUUGGAUAUGGAACCUUCCAAGGCGAACAGUUUAUUUUGGAACCUCAAUACCGACUAUAUUUAAAGGUCUAACAACUGAAGGUAUACAGCACUGCUUCUGGAGAGGAUUUGUUUGUGUGAGGGGAUUCGACAGAACUACAAGGGCGCCGAGACCUCUUUAUGCAAGGCUUCAUUUUCCAGCAAGCAAAGUACCAAGGACCAAAAGGCCGGCAGCUGCGCCGGCAGCUGCAGCAGCGGCACCAAGAGAAGAGUGGGGCAGAUUUUUCCUGUUACACCAUCAAUUCAAUUCUCAUAGAAGGGAGGAAGUGCAAAAAGAGAAUGAAUGAAUCAGGGUUUUUAAUUUUUAGCUUGUUAUUGUAGGAUUCAGUUGAGGUUUCCUUUGUAUAAUGGCCUCCCCAUUUAGGUCAAUGUAUCAGCUAAAAUCAUCAAUUUGUUUCCAUUGUUCUCUUGAGUAGUAGGAAUGCCGUUCCUGAUUUCUCUCUCCUUCUAAUGACAAGUUUUUAUUCUUCCAUCA